AUGGGAAAUUACCAAAGCCAUAAUCCCAGAGCCGGCCACGGCACACAGCCUUAUCAUGCUGGGCAUGUUCGGAGUAGUAUCGGUCAGAGAAGAACGAAUGGGAAAUCACUUCUCGGUACUCUUGCAGCCGCCGCCUUGCCUGCCUUCUUAUCGAAUAACCCCCUACCAAAUGGGUACCCUUGGAGUCACCUGUCCCCUAACACCGACUACUACCACGAGGUCCCGUAUACGGGUGUCAUAAGAUGCUACGACUUUACCAUCUCCCGCGAUGUCAUUGCCCCAGAUGGGUAUCUCAAGCCCGUUCUUCUGGUCAACGGAGGCUUCCCGGGCCCCCUGAUUGAGGCCAACUGGGGCGAUACAAUACAGGUCACCGUACGAAAUAACAUCACGUCUCCCGAAGAGGGCACUGCCCUCCAUUGGCACGGCUUUCUACAAAAGGGCACCCCUUGGGAGGAUGGCGUCCCUGCAGUGACCCAGUGCCCGAUUGCCCCCGGGAAAGAGUUCACGUAUACGUUCCAGGCUGACAUGUACGGGACUACAUGGUACCAUUCUCAUUAUUCGGCGCAGUACGCUGGAGGUCUGAUCGGACCCAUGGUAAUUCAUGGUCCGCAAAUUGCAGAGUAUGAUAUUGACCUGGGUCCAGUCAUGUUGACUGAUUGGUAUCAUGAGGACUAUUUCACGCUGGUGGAGCAAACGAUGGCCGUCAACUCUACGCCCGUAUUUGCGGACAACAACCUGAUCAACGGCAAAAUGAACUUUGACUGCGCCAGUGCCAAACACGGAGACAGAGCACCUUGCGUAAAUGAUGCUGGUGUCUCCCAGUUCCGGUUUGAGAAGGGGAAGAAGCAUCUGCUCCGAUUGAUCAACGCCGGCGCAGAAGCUUUGCAGCAUUUCUCGAUCGACGGCCACACCAUGACGGUGAUCGCCAAUGACUUUGUACCAGUCCAACCUUACGAAACCAAAGUUGUCACCUUGGGGAUUGGUCAACGAAGCGACGUCAUUGUCGAAGCGAAUGGCGAGCUUGACGCAUAUUACAUGAGGAGCAACAUCUCCAAGAUAUGCAGCCUGGCAAGGAACCACGACGCUUUAGCAGUGAUUUACUACGACGACGCCGAUACGUACAGCGAACCCAAGUCUGAGGCAUGGGACAUCCAGGAUCCAGGCACAUGUGCCAACGAUGAUCUCGAAAUGACCGUUCCUUUCAAAGAGUUGGCCCUGCCUGAGCCUGAUUUGACAUAUGACAUGGAAGUCAAGCUCUUUGUCAACGGAUCCGGCAUCAAGUUGUGGUCUCUGGACGGAGUGACGUUUCGGGGGAACUACAAUAGCCCACCUUUGCUGUUGGGCAUCUUGGGGAACUAUACCUUUGACGAGGAGUGGAAUGUCCGGCGCACAGGAAACGCCAGGAGCGUCAGGGUGAAUGUCAUCAACCACACCCCCGUUGCACACCCGAUGCACCUACACGGCUUCGACAUGUACGUUCUUCACGAAGGACUCGGUCCUUGGGAUGGGACUAUAGUGAGGCCUUCGAACCCGCAACGGAGAGAUGUCUUCCAAGUUCGUCCCAAUGGACACCUUGUCAUGCAGUUCGACGCAGGUGAGAACCCGGGCGUGUGGCCUUUCCAUUGUCACAUUGCGUGGCACGUGAGUGCGGGCUUCUUCGUGCAGUUCCUUACUGGCGAGGACAAGGUUAGAGGCAUGAAGAUUCCGGCGGUUGUGGCGGAGACGUGUCGUGAAUGGGCAGCGUGGACAGGAGAGAACAUCCCGGAGCAGAUCGACAGUGGGCUUUGA